AUGGCUUUGUCAGCGGCAGCUCCGUCGGAUUUGUUGAAGAAGGGGUUGAAGCGUUACCCGGAGACGUUGGCGAAGGAAGAGAUUGGUGUGUCGUCGAGUUGUUUGUAUAGCGAGGUGGAGGCGGCUGUGGAGGCGUGUGUGGCAGCACAGACGGCAUUUGCGAUUCAGCCGUGGAGCGUGCGGCGGUCGAUAGUGAAUGAGAUCCGGGAAGUUUGUGGGGAGUUGGCUGAGGAUUUUGCGUUGUGGGCUUACAGCGAGACGGGUCGUGGUGAUUAUAUGGACAAGGUGGUGAAGCAGAGGUUGUCUGCGGAGAAGACCCCGGGCCCUGAGGACCUGGGUUGCAAGUCUAUGACUGGUGACGAGGGUUUGACGUUGAUUGAGUAUGCGCCGUACGGAGUAAUAGGGGCGGUAACACCAGUGACAAAUCCCACGGCGACGAUUAUUCACAACACGAUUUGUAUGGUCAGUAGUGGUAAUGGAAUUGUCUUUAAUGCACACCCGGCGGCGGUAUGUUGCACAAACCGUGUAGUCGCGGUUGUGAACGAGAUUGUGAAGAAAAAUGGGGGUCCUGACAGUUUAGUUUGUGCUAUCGCUGAACCCACCAUCGAGACAGGUCAGCUACUACUCAACCACCCCAAGACCGCCGCUAAUCUCGUCACUGGCGGUCCCGCAGUUGUCAAGGCGGCCCUCAAGUCGGGAAAGAAGUGUUUCUGCGCCGGUCCUGGGAACCCGCCCGUGGUCGUGGAUGAAACCGCCGACUUAAAAGAGGCCGCUAAGGCCAUAGUUGAAGGGGCCUCGUUCGACAACAACAUGAUCUGCUCUGACGAAAAAGAAGUCUUCGUCGUCAAUCAGGUCUACGACCAACUGCUCGAGCAGUUCCGCAAGGCCGGCGCGUACAUCGCUACCAGUGAGGAAAUAAAGACUCUAGAAAAAGCGGUGCUAAAGGAGCACCCCGGGACCUUCACCCACGGGCAAGUGAACGUGCCGUUCGUCGGCCAGAGCGCAAAGUACAUCCUCUCUACUGUCCUCGGCAAGGAAGAGGCCAAGGACGCAGAGGCCAAGGACGCAGAGGAUAGAACCCGGUUAAUCAUCGCCCCCGUCGAGGACGGGCACCCCUUCGUGUACACUGAACUGCUGAUGCCUAUUCUACCGGUGGUGUCCGUGCCCAGCUUCGAGGAAGCCGUGGCGUGCGCAGUCAAGGCCGAACACGGUUACCGGCACACCGCUAGCAUCUACAGUACUGAUGUUCAGCGCAUCACGCGCAUGGGACGCACCGUGAACACUUCGAUCUUUUGCGUCAACGGCAACCACUUAACUGGCCUGGCCGCAGGUGGAGAAGGCUACACUUCCUUCAGCAUCACCGGCUACACCGGAGAGGGCAUGACGCGACCACGCACCUUCGUGCGCGAACGUCGCAUAGUCUUUGUCGGUAGCCUCAACUUUAGCUAG